GCCAUUAUUUGUCCUUCAUAAGAGGACAAAUAGUGGAGGGCAGCAGGAAGCCAGGCAGAACCCUGAAGUGCUAAGGCAGAGAGAGGAGAGACAGAAGAGAUAAGAGGCUGAAGAGGGUUAACAUCAGCCUCCAAGUUAGCGUCCAAUUCUUGGUGAAACUCCCAGAGGGAGACUGAUAAGUCAUGAAGUUACUUGCCAUCCUUUUCCUUUGUUCCAGGCUGUUAACAAGUUUCGCCCACCAGGACCAACUGCAAGAAGUUGACUGCAAUGAUGAGGAUGUAUUUAAGGCUGUGGAUACAGCUCUGAAGAAAUACAAUAAUGGAAGCAACAGUGGCAACCAGUUUGUAUUGCACCGCAUAACCGAAGUCAUCAACACGGGAGACCGGGCAAUAUUUUAUUCUGUCAAGUACGAAAUCAAGGAGGGCGACUGUCCUGUUCAAAGUGGCAAAACCUGGCAGGACUGUGACUACAAAGAACCUGAGCAAGCUGUGAAAGGAGAUUCAUAUGAAAAGACCUUGUUUUAAUAACAAGGAAUCUUA